AUGGUGAGCCGGCUGCCUCGCUCAGCGGACCUGACCCGCUUCUGUCAGAAGCUUAACCGAGUGAAGACUCUGGAGGAUGACAUGAUGGAGACUACCUUCAACCGAUGCCUGACCACUGUUGACUUGACACUUUUAGGCAUCGGGGGUAUGGUGGGCUCUGGUUUGUAUGUGCUCACUGGCACCGUCGCCAAGGAUACUGCGGGACCUGCCAUCGUGAUCUCCUUUCUCAUUGCUAGCUUUGCCUCACUGCUGGCUGCGCUCUGCUACGCUGAGUUUGGCGCUCGUGUGCCCAAGACGGGCUCUGCAUACAUGUUCACAUACAUCUCUGUGGGUGAGAUUUGGGCCUUCCUCAUUGGCUGGAAUGUCAUUCUCGAGUACAUGAUAGGCGGGGCAGCAGUUGCUAGAGCAUGGAGUGGCUACCUGGACUCCAUAUUUGAUCACAAAAUCAAGACCUUCACCGAGACCCAUGUUGGCACCUGGAAUAUCCCAUUCCUGGCACACUACCCAGACUUCUUGGCAUCAGGCAUUCUGCUCUUAGCAACAGCCUUCAUCUCCUUUGGAGCGCGAGUCUCAUCCUGGCUCAAUCAUGUCUUCUCUGCUAUCAGCAUGGGAGUUAUCCUCUUCAUCCUCGUGAUGGGAUUCAUCCUGGCUAGGCCCCAAAACUGGGGGGCAGCCGAAGGAGGAUUUGCCCCCUUUGGCAUCUCGGGCAUCAUGGCUGGGACAGCCACAUGCUUUUAUGCCUUUGUGGGCUUUGAUGUCAUAGCUGCAUCUAGUGAGGAGGCCAGGAACCCUCAGAAAGCUGUUCCCAGAGCGAUUGCCAUCUCAUUGGCCCUCGCCACAGGGGCUUACGUCCUGGUCUCCAUGGUGUUGACACUGAUGGUGCCUUGGCACACCUUGGACCCUGACUCUGCCCUAGCUGAUGCCUUUUACCGAAGGGGUUACUCUUGGGCUGGCUUCAUUGUGGCUGCUGGGUCCAUUUGUGCAAUGAACACAGUUCUCCUCAGCAACCUCUUCUCUCUGCCCCGGAUUGUCUAUGCCAUGGCUGAGGACGGGCUCUUUUUCCAGGUGUUCUCACGCGUACACCCCCGCACGCAGGUCCCUGUGGUGGCCAUUGUGGUGUUCGGCAUUCUCAUGUCUGUGCUGGCCCUCAUCUUUGACUUGGAAGCCCUCGUUCAGUUCCUGUCCAUUGGCACCCUCUUGGCCUACACCUUUGUGGCAGCCAGUGUCAUUGUUCUGCGCUUCCAGCGGGUGAAGUCCCAGGCUCCCAACCCACCUUCCGAGAAUGAAAUUGUCCCACCGACAUCUGCAGAGACCAUUGGUGCCAGUGAACCAAAAGAGUAUGAAUCUUUCUCUGACAAACUGAACUUGGUAGGCAAGGAAAAAGCAAAAAGCCAGCGGGAACCAGGGCAGCUCAAGGCUGUCUUUGACCCCUACUUGGACUUCCUCAGUGAUUUCUACCCUGGAGAAGUGGUCACCGUGGCUGUUAUCAUCCUCAUGGUGUCAUCCCUCUGCUUAUGCUCCAUCCUGGUGUUUGGGAAGAACCAACUCCACCUGCCUACCUGGAGCUACACCUUGCUGAUCGUCCUGUUCAGCUUGGCCUUUGUCUUCAGCCUGGUCCUCAUUGCGGUUCACGAGCAGCAAAAGUCCAGCCAGACGUUCCAGCUACCCCUGGUACCAUUGACCCCGGCCCUGAGCAUCCUUCUCAACAUCUACCUCAUGCUGAAACUCAACUACAUGACUUGGCUGCGCUUCUCUGUCUGGCUGAUUGCAGGCUUGCUGGUCUACUUUGGGUAUGGCAUCUGGCACAGCAAAGAGAACCUGCGGGAGGCCCAGGGGCAUGCCAUCAGUGCUCGCUACGUGGUCUUCCCCAGCAGCAGCCUAGAAGAGACAGUCCAGACAGUUCAACCCAGCACACAGCCAUCUCAGGGGUUGGAUGAAACAGUAGAAGAGGAAGAAGCAAAGAGAUGAUGAGGGAAGUCCAACAAGAGGAGACUCUCCCCUGUUCCCACCCAGCCCAGGCCACUGCUCUGUGGAGAACACAGCCCUCAUCCAACCCAGCCAGGAAGCCUUUGGGAGUGGCCAGUUACUGUCUGGGGAGCAGAGAGUUUCUUGCGUGUGCGCCUUUCUCCUUGCAAGUCAAUUGUUCAUUCUCUCCUGUUAUCGAGCUUGAAGUUGGGCCUUCAUCAGUGGUAGGUUUCUCCCCUUCUGUGACCACAUUUGGCAAGAGAACAUUUCUUCAUCAUUCUUCUCUGUUACCUACUUUGUUCAUGUUACCUGUAUCUGGGAUCCUGCUCUAAUGUGGAGUUAGAACAACAACUUUUCAUUCCUAUACCAUAUUUGGUCAACAGUGGAGGAAAGUGACCCAUUUGGGUCCUGUGGCUGUGGUCUGGAUUGUGGUUGCAGGCAGACACCUGCUUGCUAUUUCAUGCCAAGGCAGGCAAAGGGGGCUUUGUCCAGGAGAGGGUUGAGAUGCUGGCACCAAAAGUGUGACUAGGUAAGAAGCUUCUCUGAGCUGAGAAAAAUCUUUUUCUCUCCACCACAGUCAGCGUUUUUGGUCGGCCGAAAUGGCAGUUCUGGAUAGCACAAGAAACUGGCUGUUUCCAGACUUUGGGUUGCUCUCCUUUGUGCUCUUUGGGUAGUGUUUGGCUGUUGUUAAAAUGAAUUUGAGUGUACAGUGCAUCCAGUGCACAUUUUAACAUCAUGUUAAAGAAAGCAGCUUCUCCAAGAGCACCAUUCCACCAUGACCCACUAUUUGGGGGCUCUAGAGAGGCUGGAAGGCAGCAUGGCAGAUAAUAAUAAUAAUAAUACUCAACUUAUAUACCACCCUUCAGGACAACUUAACGCCCACUCAGAGAGGUUUACAAAAUAUGUUAUUAUUAUUCCCACAACAAAACACCCUGUGAGGUGGGUGAGGCUGAGAGAGCUUCAGAGAGCUGUGAUUAGCCCAAGGUCACCCAGCUGGCUUCAAGUGGAGGCGUGGGGAAUCAAACCCGGCUUUCCAUAUUAGAGUCCCGUGCUCUUAACCACUGCACCAAACUGGCUCUCAGUUCCUGGUCAUUUAAAAGGGGGAGAAGAACUUCCUGGUAGAUUAGAUCUUAAAUCCUGUGGAAGGACUGUACCUUUGGCUCUUCUGCCUGAAGCACCAAAAUACCUUGGCCUCAUUCUGCACCCAAGGUGCAGCCCUAGUUUCAGAGCCACAUCCUAAGGGCACCCCAGCUCUGUUCAGAUUUUCUUCCCUUCUCAAAAUGUAAGUUGCAUAUUCCCCAGUUCUCCCUUGUGACCCAGAAACAUAAGAGGGAAGUAGCAGUAAGUGUGGCAGUAAGCAAGAACGCCAAAUUGGUAUGGCCAGAUGUUGACUCCCCUCACAUUAUUUUGUAUUUACUUAAUUUAUACCCCCCGCUUUUCUCCCCAAUGGAGAUCCAAAGCAACUUACAUUGGUUUUUGCUCCUCCAUGUUUAUCCUCACAGCUCUGAAACAGGUUAGGCUGAGAGUGUGACUGACCUAAGAUCAUCCAGAAAACAUCUCUGGCAGGGGGAAUUCGAACCUGGGUCUCCUUGACCCUAGCCUGAUACUCUCACCACUAUACCACACUGGCAAACAAACCUUCCUGACUGUAGAUAGCCUUUCCCCCCUCACUGCCUCCUUACAGCACAGUGCUUGAAGUCAUUUUUCACCAGCCUCAAACAGCUUCCUCCUCCUCAGCAGUUCGAAACUGGUGGGCUCCAGACGUCACAUAACUGAGGCACACUUUUCCCCCCCUGAACUUAAAACUGAGUUAAAUUCUGAAAUAUGCUUUAUAGCCUCCAAAAGAUUUACUGUUAGGGUAUGCAAGAAUUGCCUUCCUUUGGAGAAGCCUGCCCCCAUGUCUCUGCAUGAAGCACAUUAUGCUGCAUUGCUGGGACUAUUAUUUAACGACAGCCAGUGGAAGGCCAACAGGCAGGAGGCAGUGCCAAAGCAGCACAGCAUACAGAGAGGCACUGGGCUUCCUCAUUUUGAGGAUGGGAAGGGUCGGAGAAGCCGUUCCUUUUUAAAAAUUGAUUUAUUCUUUGUGGGAGUUACUGAGAGUCUCUCUACAUGUUACUAAGUUCCUAGGGAUGAUCACAUGAAACUCAUUUCACAUGUCCCCCCUCCAACUUUCCAUGUACUUGCUCGCACAGUCACACUUCAAUUUGCUCUGUGUGCAUGUUCAAUAUCAGUUCCUCCUCAACUGCUAAAAGUAUCCCAGUUUCCCCCACCUCCCACUUCAAUUCAUUGAAAUGCAGAUCUUGACACUUUCUCACACCUUAAAGUAAUGCAAAUUGGCCAGUCAAAGGAACCUAUAGUGCUUGUUCUGGCAGGGAAAACAGAGAUGAACUGGUGCUUUGCCCUCCGGAAUCACUUGCAGAUGCAAUCACUCAAAGGGAGCUCCUGUGAAAGUGGCAUUCAUGUGCACCAAGCAAGAACAGCCUGCAUGUGAAUUGAGGACUACACAUACAAUCCUGCACUUGAGCGUCCCUAGGUACUUAGUAACAUGUAGAGAGAUGGCUUUUUUAAAGAAGGCUUUAUACUGCCAUCUACCAGGUUAACACAUUACUCAGGGGUUAAUAUCCUAAAGCGGCACAGGCCCCAGCUCCCAAUUCUUCUAUAGUACAGCUUGGGCAUUCCAGGAUAGCCUCCCUGCCCUUAUGUGCCUUUCUAACCACUUCCUUCCUCUGUCACCCUUGUUUGCAGAUGAGAAUCUCUGCUAGUGGCUGAGCAUUCACUCUGCUAUUUACAUAAAUUAGAGCACAACAAUUCCCACCUGCCACCUCACACACUACUGGCAUGUUAUCUUAAAAAGUGUGGUUUUGCCAGAGAACUCAUAUGAGUUGCACUUCUGUGCAGCCAAAGAAUUUUCAUUUGAGCAGAGCUGUUAAGCUAUUUAAGUAGUUGGAACAACUACUUAAAUGUUGGAACAGGACAUUAUUUAUCCCUGAAGGAGCUCAAUGUGGUGCAUCCUGCCUCCAUUUUUAUCCUCACAAGCCUGUGAGGUGUCUGUGAAUGUGCACGAAUGACUGGCCUAAAGUGACCAAGUGAGCUUCAUGGUUGAGUAGUUUUGAACGGAAGUCUCCUCAGUUCUAGCGUAACAAUGUGCCACGCUGGUUCUGCUAUCAGCUGUCCUAUUUCCCUGUUGCUUGCCUCCUGGAACCUGAUCAUAUUCACCUUCAUAGCACAAUAAGGAGACCAGAUAGCUUCCAGAGAGGGGGAAAUGGCAGGGGUUUAGACAGCUGGUUGGAGGAAUUACUGAAGACUGCCUAGGUUUCCCACUUGCAGUGUUUUGGAGAGAGAAACCACCCCCAAACCUGUGCUUACUUUCUUCCUCUCAAGUAUGGAUAAAAUGUGGCUGCUCCAGCCUGGUUUUCAGGCGUCCGUGCAGGCAAAAAUGUAUUGUAUAUAUGUCUGCUGCACAACUGCUGUCUACGGAUACCAGGACUGCUGCCCAGACCACGCACGCUGUUUGGCUCAGUGUUCUGAUGCUCUAUGCUUGCUUCUCAUCUGCCACUGGACUCAAAGCAGGCAGGGGGCUACUAUCAUCUGCCACUCUGUGCAAUGGU